AAAAUCAGCUGUGAUUAGUGUAAAUAAAUAAAUAUUGAAAAUAAUAAAUAUAAACAAAUAAAAACCUUAUUAAAAAUGAAUGACUGUAGGAAAUUGAAGUAACAAAAACCUGGCCUGAAAACCUGUAAGUCCUUUUUCCCAAAAUAAACUUUCUCCCACUUUAACAAAUUAAUUAAAAAUGGAAUUAGUGCACAAUUUUAAUUAGGCCACUGACCAAAUAUGAAAUUAGAUAGCAUAUGCAGAACGUGUCUGGCCCAAAAAACAGAUUUAAGAACUUUAUUCGAUGCCUGCCUUCCCAACAUGAUAAUGUCCCUUACUUCAGUACAGAUAAUCCAAGGUGAUGGUUUGCCUCACCAAAUAUGCACCCAAUGCCUCCGUGUCAUAAACAAAGCCUUCUGUUUCAAACAAAUGGUGGAAAAAUCCGACGCCACCCUAAGAAAUUACUUGAACAAUUUAAGUUUCAACAACGACUUGAACCAACUCUGCGAUAUACCAGCUCAGCUAAGCAUGAGUCAGUUACCAAGCUGUGACAAUCCAAAUCUAAUGAGCAGCUGUAGCAUGAUGGCCAACAGUAAUUUAUUGCCAAUGAAUAUCAACCCGAUGAAUUCUUUGGAAAAUAAUGCCGAUUUUAACGUGAUAAGUGACUUUAAUGUUAUGAACAAUAGUAGUUCGUUUUUUCAAGACAUAUUCAAUGAUCCAAUGGACAAUUUUGGUAACAAUCAAGCCACAGUUGUUUCGGAUUUUGCAGAAACAAUGCAAAGCUUACAAACUAUAGCUGAACAGUAUUUGCCUGAAUCUUGGGAGAAUGACAAUCAAAUUUUACCUAUAAAUACUGAAGAGAGUAGUAGUAAUAAUUUUAAUUUAAUUGAAAGUAUUUAUAAGUGCCAGUUUUGUGGAGAAUCAUUUAAAGAUAGUUGGCUAUUAGAUGAACAUACCAAAAGCCAAGUUUGUCAAGACAAAUAUUUCAGCUCUAAUAUCACCAAUGAAUUAACCAAAAGUAUGUUAUUGGAGUAUACUUUUGAUACAAACUCAAAAGAUAAUUUUACUUUUGAAAAUAUUGAACCUGAUAAUCAGAAUUUGUUAUGUGAGAUUUGCGAUAGGACGUUUACUAGUGAGAAAUUUUUAAAGAAACAUAGGAAAGAUAUUCAUUUUAUUGAUAAAACAUCCGUUCAAGAAGAGAAGAAGGAUAUUUGUAAUUUGUGUGGUAAAAGAUACAAAAACUCGAAAAUCCUCCUGUUACACAUGAGAACUCACACUGGGGAACGACCACUGAAAUGCGAUAUUUGCUCGCGAACUUUUGCUCUACCAAGCAGUUUUCAUAAGCACAAGCGUAUUCACAAAGAAAAAUCGUACGCCUGCAAUGUUUGCGGGAAAAAAUUCAAUCAACAGUCAAACGUCAACAAUCACAUCGCCACAGUACAUUCGGGUAAAAAGCCGCAUAAUUGUGCCACUUGUGGCAGAAAUUUUGCCACCAAUACCAACCUAGAGGUUCACAAAAGGAUUCACACCGGUGUUAAGCCUUUUGUUUGUACUUUUUGUGAUAAAGGAUUUAUAAGUAGUAGUCAGCUUAAAAAACACAUGAUGGUACAUACAGGCGAAAAACCAUACACUUGUUGGAUUUGUGGACAAUCUUUCAGGAGAAAAGAAACUAGAGACACUCACGCACGAUAUCAUACAGGCGAGCGACCUUUUAGUUGUAAAAUUUGCGAAAAAGCUUACAUACAUAAAUCGCAUUUGAGGAAACACAUUAAAACCCAGCACGUCAAUGGCCAGGAAAAAAAAUUCGAAUAUUGUAUGAUUUGCAGCAAAAAGUUUCAUUCUGUUACAUCGUUGAAGGCUCACAUUAGAUUGCAUACUGGACAAAAGCCUUUCACUUGUAAUUUUUGCAAUAAAUGUUACGUUAAUAGAAAAACUUUGAAUUUCCACCUUAAACACUGUCAUGGACAGUAAAAGGUAAGCACCCAAUGACUGAACAAUUUAAUAAUAAUUAAUGAAAACAUUCAAUUAGUGUUUUACUUUAUUAUAAUUACACUCCAAAUCAAAACCCAAUUUACAGCUAAUAUUUACACUUAAAUAAUUAUUUUACAAUUAUUGUAAAAAAAAGGGAAUGUAAUUACAUAAAUAUUUAUGAUAUAAUCCUAACAUUUUCCAACCAAUUUUUUACUGUAUUGAAAUACUCUUUCAUCCAUUUUGUGUUUGCUUCUGCUUGCUCUAAAGAUUGCUGAGCUGUUCUCACCGCAACCCCAAAUUGCUCCUUUUUACGUUCAAAAAAGGACUUAA